AUGAUUAGCCACUUUCUCUAUGUGCACUUUAAUCUCUUUGUAUUCUCAAUUUUGAUUUCUCAGAGCUUGGCGUUCACGCAUCCAUGUGAAGUGUCAGCUCUGCAGGAUCUAUACAGGACCUUUAACUACCCACCUGUGCUCAAGGGAUGGAAUGGUAGCGAUCCUUGUGGAGAGUCUUGGACAGGAGUUGCUUGUUCUGGACCAUCAGUUAUACAGCUAAAACUUCAAGGAUUAAACCUCACUGGGUAUAUUGGAAGCCUGUUACAUAAUCUACCUAACUUGAAUCAAUUUGAUGUCAGUUCAAAUAACAUAGAGGGCGAAAUUCCAUUCGGUUUACCCCCCAAUAUGACAUAUAUGAAUUUAAGCCACAAUUUACUACAUGGACCAAUCGGUGAUGUAUUUAGUGCUUUAAAUAAUCUCAAAGAAAUGGACCUUUCAUACAAUAAUUUCUCAGGAGAUCUACCAUAUUCAUUUGGUUCCUUAAGAAACCUUGCCAGAUUGUUCCUGCAGAAUAACAGAUUCACUGGAUCAGUCACCUACUUGGCUGAACUUCCGCUAACAGAUUUGAACAUUCAAGAUAAUCUGUUUAGUGGCAUUCUUCCGCAGCAUUUUCAAUCCAUACUGAAUUUAUGGAUUGGAGACAAUAAAUUCCAUGUGGCCGACAACUCUCCUCCCUGGACUUUUCCGCCUGAUACCGUGUCAAUUGAGCAGAACACUAGUAGCCCACCCACGACUCAGGCAAAUGCCAUCCAGAAUUGUUCUCCUUCCAGUGAGGCUCCUCCUCGAGUAAAUGAGACUCAUCCCAGGAAAAAUCAUGUAGGUCCAGGAGAAAUAGCAUUUAUGAUUGGUGGAGGAACACUAAUGGCCACAGGGGUGGCUCUCUUUGUUGCAAUCCUUUUGAAUAAAUUUCGUCUAGAGAGCCCGAACUUGAAGAGCUCAGAAAGCAGCCAUGGCUCAUUUCCUUCUCAUCCGACCAGUGCAACCAUAGGGGUAUCUUCUACCGCACUCGAGGAGAGCCCAAGCAUUCCUCCCCUCUUUAAUUCUGCAUCCUUUUUGGGUCCUGUGAGAUUACUUUCCAUGAACCAUAACAAUACCGAGGAACCAUUCAGAAAAGGUUUUUCUAAAAGUGACAGAUACACCGGAAGAACGAAAAUUUACACAGUAGCAGAGCUUGAGUUAGCUACUAAUUGCUUCAGUGAAGCCAACAUUCUAGGAGAGGGAUCUCUUGGCCCUGUUUAUAGAGCUAAAUUUCCGGAUGACAAAAUUUUGGCCGUGAAGAAGAUAAACGUGGCGCAAAUGUCUUUCAAAGAUGAGGAAAAGCUCUUGGACGUCAUUUGCACGGUUUCCCGACUGAAGCACCCCAACAUCGUAGCACUCAAUGGUUACUGCUUGGAUAAAGGAAAGGGUCUACUUGUUUACGAUUAUGUUGGAAAUAUCACUCUAAACGACGCCCUUCACAGCAAGGCAUGCGAACCUCUACCAUGGGUUCACCGUCUCCGGAUUGCUCUAGGUGUUGCUCAGGCUCUAGACUAUUUGCACUCAGCGUUCUGCCGUCCCGUGGCCCACGGCAAUUUGAAGUCUUCCAAUGUUCUACUGGAUGAAAAUUUGAUGCCUCGAGUUUGUGACUGUAGCUUGGUUAUUUUGCGAACACUUAUCAGUCAAGUUGAAAUUCCGGCUAAUGAGAUUGAUAUUGAAGAGAUGGGCUACUAUGCGCCUGAUCAUGGCCAACCAGGAACCAGCAGCAGAAAGAAAGACGUUUUUGCCUUCGGGGUGUUGCUGCUGGAACUGUUAACAGGAGAGAAACCUUUUGAUAGAACCAGGUCAGUGGAGGAGCAGUAUCUGGUGAAAUGGGCUCCGCCGAUGCUUCCUUAUAGAGCAAGUUUGGAACAGUUGGUGGAUCCCCGCAUGAAAAGAACAUUUUCGUCCAGGGCUCUUUCUCGUUAUGCUGAUAUCAUCUCCCUCUGUAUACAGCCUGGAAGGCAACUCCGUCCUGCAAUGGCCGAAAUUAUGAAGUCUCUUGAAUCUUUAUACCAGAUGUUCGACAUUGAAAAGAACGAUGUAGCAGAUGGUACUGAACUUGAUCCAUUUUAGAGGUCUUUCUACUCAACCAACAACAUCAGCAUGUGAGUGUGAUUUCUGUUGCGGUAUGCUUUCAGUUCCAACUAGGUGACAUUAACGGGAUAUAAAUCUUAGGUUGAUUUCUGUUGUGGCAUUUUUCUCUUGUAAAUCUGAUG